AUUCCUACGCUCCGCGGUCCAUGCCACGGUCACAUUGCACAUGACGAAUUCCACAAAAAAUAAAAUAAAUAAUAACAAAAAAAAGCGAAAAUAAUGAACAAUUAACGCGACCCGAUAAUCUAGCAUGGAUAAACUCCGCGGCGGCAGCCUGGUGGGCGGUGGAUCUUCCAGCGGCAUGGGAUCAACAAAUCCCGGUCCGGAGCAGCAGCAACUGGAGCAGUAUCCCAAAAACCUGAUCGAGCAAUAUCUUAGGGCCUCCAGCAAGAUCAAAAAGUUCGAGCGAGCCGGCUUCUUCAAACGCUUUGCGCCCAGUGUGGGCGAUGUGCAGGCGGACUUCCAGCGACUGGCCUACAGCUUCGAGGAGUCGGGCAUCCUACAGUACGCGGCCAUGUGCCACAUCGGCUAUGCCAAGUGCGAGUCCUACGGCGGCGCCCCGCAGCGCGAAUCGGAGGCUUACCUGCGGGCAGCGAGAUCCUUCCUUGGAGCACACAACGAAUCCGGGCAGUUGCACCUGCGCACCCGGCACUCGGAAUUCCGGGAGGGCGCCCUCCACUGUUAUCACCGGGCCGCGGAGCGAGCGGUGGACGGAUGCGUCUUCAAGGCUGCCAUUCUCCGCGAGCUGAAGCAACUGCAGCGCCAGCUGGACAGCACCAGCAGCUUCGCCUCGCCCACACAUCAGAUCCAUGACCUGGAAAUCAGCGCCGAGACAUGUGGUCAGCGGGGCGAUUUCCGGAGUGCCCUGCAGCACUACGACGACAUUGUGGAUAAUGUGUACGAGCGGCGCGGGACUCGGAUGUACGGGGAGUUGUUGCGGCGCGUGGAGGUGCUGCGUCUGCUGCUCCUGGUCCAUUUGAACCUGCCGCCUGCACGCCAGUCACCUGCCCACAUCAAGCUGAUCGAGUACUACUACAACCUGGCCCAGUUCGAGGCGCGACCAUGCUCUGCAAACGACGGUGGAUCCGUAGAGCGUCCGGGCGUGUUUGUGCCGGAGCAACAGCAGUAUGCGCUGGCGGAGAUUACGUGUGCCUGGGUGGAGCGCAAGAUGUGCGAUCUCAAGCACCUGCUUCGCGACUUUGGGGCGGAAUUCGGGGACCUGAGUGGGGUGGAAAGGCAGCUCCUUAAGGUCAUGCAUGUGGAGCUGGCAAGGAGCUACUAGAUUAUAGACUAAAGAUCGUACUGUACAUUAUAUACUAUUACCACUGAAUAGCACUUGUAACUAUCGCUUAAGUGUAACCAAGUCUACCAACUAACCUUUGAACGUGCCUACACGCAUAUAGAAACGUUAAUAAACAAAAGACCAGGUGAAUGCAGCAAUAAAGAGACGGUGCGAAACGCAAUGAAAUGUAACAACAUUAAAACAAAUACAUUUGAGAAUUGUACAAUAAAUAAAGAAAUGCUAAUGGAGAUUCAGAUGA